CCUUUCUCUCGGCGGUGGGUCGGAGCCGCUCUCCCCGGUAAAACACGUUCCCCUCUAAAUUUGUAUUUUUCUUUGGAUGUCCCUUUCAUAGAUUCGGCUAAUUGAGACACAAUAGAAAAGUCCUGCACGACCGUUCAUAUACCGGUCUUUAGUAACCAAAAAAUUGGCAUUAAUCCCCUUUUUAUUCUUUAACAUGGCGAUGGUAAGCGGGUCGUCUGGGCCGGUUGCCCGGCUUGAGGGCCGAGAAUUUGAGUACUUGAUGAAAAAGCGAUCGGCGACUAUCGGGCGGAACUCGUCUCAAGGUUCCGUAGAUGUAAGCAUGGGUCAUUCCAGUUUCAUUUCUAGAAGGCAUCUCGAGAUAUUCACUGUCACCGACGAUGGCUCCGGUGGAGGGGACUUCUAUUUGCGGUGUCUCGGUAAAAACGGGGUGUUCGUGGAUGGGGUUUUCCUCAGACGGGGGGCGCCACCUCUGCAACUUCCAAGAAUGUGCACGUUUCGUUUCCCCAGCACCAACAUCAAGAUCACCUUCACAGCGUUGUCCAAUGGGAAGCGAGUGAGGCGCGAGGCUCCUGAGUCUCCGGUGAAGCCUGUGCAGCCGCACAUCGCCCCGCUCACCAUCAACAUCCCCGACAACAUCGCCCACCUGAUCAGCCCCCUGCCUUCGCCCACAGGCACCAUCAGUGCCGCUAACUCGUGCCCCUCCAGCCCCCGUGGGGCGGGCUCCUCUGGGUACAGGAUGGGGGGUCGCAUGGUGAGCUCUGCUGAGCUGCAGCUCAUCGCUGACAACUCUCAGUCUGAGAACGACAAGGAUGCCUCAGGGGGGGACAGCCCUAAGGACGACUCGAAGCCCCCCUACUCGUACGCCCAGCUCAUCGUCCAGGCCAUCACCAUGGCGCCCGACAAACAGCUGACCCUCAACGGCAUCUACACACACAUCACCAAGAACUACCCUUACUACCGCACUGCAGACAAGGGCUGGCAGAACUCCAUCCGCCACAACUUGUCACUGAACCGCUACUUCAUCAAGGUGGCGCGCUCCCAGGAGGAGCCUGGGAAAGGUAGUUUCUGGAGGAUCGACCCAUCGUCCGAGGGCAAGCUGAUGGAGCAGGCCUUCAGGAAGCGCAGGCCCCGGGGGGUCCCCUGCUUCAGGACACCCCUGGGGCCCCUCUCCUCCAGGAGUGCCCCUGCCUCUCCUAGUCAUACUGGAGUUCUCUCCGCCCACUCCAGUGGCGUGCAGACCCCCGACAGCCUAUCACGAGAGGGCUCCCCGGUUCCCAUGGAGCCAGAGCCCGCCCCUGCCCCGCCCCCUUCCUCAGUGGUCCAGCCCAAACUAGCCGUCAUUCAGGAAGCACGCUUCGCACAGAACUCACCAGGAGGUCAGCCGGUUCUGAUUGCCGUCCAGCGCCAGCUCUCCCAGAGCGCGGUGAAGCCGGUCACCUACACCGUGACCUCUCCCGUGACCUCGGCCACCUCCGCCCCCGCCGUCAUGCAGGCCCUCACCGUGCUGCAGCAGAUCCCCGUCACCGGCAUGGCAACCGCCAUCGCCACCGGCAACACCUACACCGUCACCUCGGCCAACCCCGGGGCUGUCAUGGUGACCGCCGACCCUCAGGAGAACGGCGCUCACUCAGAGGUUAAAGUCAAAGUAGAACCUGUUCCGACCAUCAGCCACGCCUCUAUAGGCGGAGCAAGUUGCAUCAUCCAGACCACCAGCCAAUCAGAGAUGCCCUUACAGACUGUUACCAUAGUGCAGCAAGCUCCAUUGGGCCAGCACCAGCUGCCGGUCAAGACUAUCACCCAGAACGGGACACACGGCAGCUGUGCUACCUCAGCCCUGCAGACCAACACAGUUUCCAGCCCGCUGCACCUGUUAGCGGCCCACGCCUCCAUCUCCGCCUCCCUCCCCACCAAGCGCCAGCAGAACGGGGCCCAGCUCGCCGCCGUGGCCCCCAGCGCCAAGCGCCUCAAAACGGAAGAGGCCGGGGGCGAGGGCGCCCCCCCCGCGCCCCCCCCUGGGCCCCCCGCCCCCCGCCACGGCAGACAGCACAGACACAUCCGUGACCAGCGACCUCAACUAGGCCCCCCCACACUCCACCACACACACUCACACACAGCAUUGCUGUCUUCUGUUCCUUCACCGUGUCCCCCUCCCUCCCCAACCCCAUGGACUCUCUCCCUCCCAUCUAUGCCUGAGGUGCCAAACACACGAAGCACAUCGGUGGUUGAAGGGCCACUUGGAUUGGAACUGCUAGUCAUGGAACACCUGACCGUCUGAGGAACAUCUGAGGAGAUAAGAGGAGAAGGAAAAGAGAGAGGAGGAGAGGAGGAGCAAAGAGGCGGAAAAAAGACUAAUUGAAAGGGUCCCCCUCACCCCCCCCCCUCCCUAACUGUGACAUCACCACUGAGGAGGAGGAGUCUGAACACAGGAAGCCUUAACAACAACUAACCUUAUAAGGAGAAGAGGAACUAUGAGGCUGGGCAGGAGGUUGCAGUUGGCUCCACCCCUCUGGCCCGUUCCUCAGGGUGUGGCUGGGGGAAGGGGGGCUGCUAACAUGUUAAACCUGAGCUACAUAAGGUGCGCUUGGUUUAAACAUCCCACGUGCUACGGAGAACUCGCAGCUAUCCAAGAAGGGUAGGCUCGGUAUCCAAGGCGACAGGACUUCCAGAGCACCGGCUCUACCUUAUGCCAUCUGUUAGGGGGUUCGCAGACACCAGUUUCUCAUUGGCGUGUCUUCCGGGGGAGUUGCCAAGUAUCUUUCGAACCUCUGGUGUGUCGGUCAAAAGGAAACUUUCCAGGAGGAGGGGGAGGACGGGGCAUGAGGCAGCUAGCCUUCCUUUCCAAGCCCCCCCCCCCCCCCCCCCUGCCUACCCGCCCUUAUCACUCACCUCACACCCCACAUUCUCCACUCUAAACAUCACCCCCAGACCUGAAUACUAAUCACCCCCCCCCCACACUGCCCCCCCCCUGUCUCAGACAGAUCCACACUGUUUGUGAGUGGAGGCUAGGACCCAUUCCUGUCUGACUGUGUCCUCUCUAGAUGGUUCAUAAUAAUAAUAAUAAUAAGUUAAGUAAAGGAGCCCUUACGAGGAAGAGUGGAGUCGGUGACAUUUCAAAAAAUACAAACACAAAAAAACACUCCACCAUAAAUUUAGUAACUCACUUCUUUUUUUUCUUUUUCUAUGUGGACUUCCUCUUCCUUGUAUGUGUCAGGUGACACCUUUUCUGUUUUGAUAAAAACCUGUCAGUGGAGUGUUUUAGUUAGAUUUAAUUUGUCUCUGUUGAAAUCCUCGUUCAGUCAAAUCUGUUUGAAAUGUCUUUGUUUAUACCUACCUAUUUUACUACUUGCACAGAUAUUAAUAACCAAUAUGACAAUUAUAAGCAUAUGAAUCAUUUCCAUGUGUGGUUGUCCAGAGCUUGCAUGUACCAGACAACAGGAGAAUCUGGGUUUGUUGACGGUAAAUGUUCCCCUGACCCCUGCUUUACCCCUCUGACCAGACCUGCACUUGACUAAAUAUUCCUGUUUAGUUCUCUUUUGUCAUUUUCUUUUCCUCCCUCCUUCUCUUUCCCCUCCCUCUAUCUCUCUCUUCCUCCCCCCCUCCCCUCGCUCCCAGACUGUGUUGACGUAGUGGCGUUGGUUAACCUUCUGUUCUUCCGCCUCCAAGGCCAGUCUGUCUCCAGAUUCUACACGUUCCUGAACCAUAGAAGAAGAGAAGUGAUUGAUGUUUGUUCUGCUUUAGUGGAUAAAAAUGCUUUUUUAAAUAAAUUAAUUUAAACCCGUUU